AUGCUGACCCAGAGCAAACCAGAGAUUCAGGCUAGAGGAAAUGUCCUCGCGUGCACGGAGGCAUCGUGCAAGGACACGAACUCAUCUGCACGCCCCAAGCUUUCACCCAAUCCCAUAGUUACUCAUGUACCAACACCACUUGACACAAUCAUCACUGUUGACCUGUACUCAGUGGGACAUAUCGCAAUAACUAAGGAGCAGCUGGAAGCAAAGGAGGCAGUACCUUUUAUCCACCAGGUCAUACUCGAAGGGCCAAAGGGAGAAGCAGUCAGAGUACGUGCGCUUUUCGACGACGGGGCUAUGGUGGCUGCAAUGUGCACAUCAGUGUUCAAAAAAGUCAAACACCGUCUAGACAACUGGGCCAAGUGGUCAGGAACAAUAGAGAUCAACGGAGUACGAGCAGAGGGAGAUUUAGAAGUCUUUGAUAGCGGAGGAGGAUGGGCAUUUCUGUUUGGAAAACCUUUGCUGCAGUCGUUCAAAGCUGAACACAACUACCAAUCGGACACGAUCAAGAUCAUCAACAGUUCCCAAUCAACAACCAUACACAACCAAGUAGCACACCCGCAAGCGUUACAACGUGCAGAGCACCAGGGCACUAGCCUAACCCAAGACGUCAAACAACAAGAAACUCCCGACGAUGCACUUCGGCACCAUUCAAGCAGCAGCAGCUCAGAAUGCAACCUGCAACCCACUCAUCCUCCAACACCGCCUCACACGAAUGAACCCGCCUGGCGCCCAUCUCACAUACCUAUGGGACAAUGGAAACCAAGCACCAUGAACUCAAAGCAACAAGAACAAUGGCGACUACACCAGAUGUGGAAACGAGUCCCAAGAGCAAUGGAUGACCUCACAGCAGAGCGAAACUCCAAUGAGGAAGAUAAUAAGUACAGUCAAAUAAUGGGGAGUGAAACACUCCCCUCAAGGGAAGUCGAACUGGACACCCCCCACCAGGAGAAACACAGAAUUGAUGACUCCAAAGUUGCAGAACCACCAAUACCAAUUCAGGUCUUGAUCGAACCAAACCAGGUAGAAUGCAAGCAAGAAAGAGAACAUCUGGGACCGCAGCCACAGGAUAUCUUCACCAGGCAUACUUGGCCUAACAACCCAGCAAGAGUAACAAAGAUUCUAUUGGAGAUCACCUUCGGUGACAACAUCACCAUAGAGGAGAAGUUAUGGUUAGAAGAUUUCGUCCGAUGUAACGCGGACAUCUUCACACUAUCCCUUAAGGAAGUCAAACCCAUCCCAAACGCAUACAUAAACCUCAAUGUCCCAGAGGCAGCAACUUUCAACUUACGCAUUCACCAAAGACCGUUAACCCCAGAUCAAUCCCGAUUCUUCAGCGCCCCGACUACAGUCAUUGCACAAAAAGCCCACGAAUCCCCAGGAUUACCUUGGGAAGAGCUCCGACAAUGCAUCAACAACCAAUGUAGAACUGCAGGAGAACCACCAGCGUUCAAACUCCAAGAAUGA